AACUUCCCAGCCUGGCCCUCAGUGGAGCCAUCUUUGCCCUCGGGCUAGCACUCGAUCGACUGCUUCGCCCUGGCGGUGGAUGAGCCUGCGAUGGAGGGACGAAGUGCACCGCCGCCGCUGCGUUUGGCUUCGGCGGCUGCCCUUUCAAUCGUGGAUCCGAUUCGAAUGGUGAAGCCUCAUCAAUUGGUGGAAGACUUCGAACAAAACUACGGCAGUUUUCUGGAGGGCCUCUUGGCAGAGCAUGGAGCCCCACAGGCGACGCCCAUGUGCGGCACCACCCUGAAGAGCUUCACGCAACUGGCGUGGCCACGGCCCCACUUAGAGGUGGAUUUCGAGAGCAACUAUCGGCCUUCUUCUCGCAGGGGAAGACCGGAGCGAGACGCAGGUGGCAGCCCCUCGGGCGCCUUGUCCGCGCGGCCGCGCAUCAGCGUCUCCCAGGCGGAGAACUACUCCCCGCACGAGAACGGGAGAGCCCCGCAUCGCUUCACCACCAUCACUUUGCAAACUCCGCGCACGGGGCGAGGAAAGGAUGCGGGACGCGAGACCACCAUGGAAGCACUUGAGGCUGCCAAGGACGAUGAUGAGGCCCGUCGUCGUGAGGCAUCUGAGGCUUUGCGAACUUUGGUGCUGGGGCCAACCCUGGAGCAUUCACCCGAGAAGGAGAAGGAGUGGAUUGCGCAGCACCGUCGGGGCACGGAUGAGGAGGUGGAAACCUUCUGCCAAUGCUGGUGCCAAAUGGACCUGGACAGCGAUGGUAUGGUGGACCUGGAGGAUUUUUCUGCCUUCUUCAGCAAGCGAAAGGUGGACAGGCUUCUGGGCAUGCGCUGCGUGCGCUAUCUCUCGCAGCGCGCGCUCUCGGGGGGGAAGAUCUCGGUGGGAAAGGACGAACUGCUGCACUUGAUGUGGCCCUAUGCUUCGUUGGAAGACACCGAUCACAUGUGCACGGUCUUUGAUCAUUGCAGGCUUCGCGUGAUCCAGGUGCCGGAGCCCAGAGGUCUACCGCGGAAGCGCAAGGCGGAGCUGCUGAAAUGCUUCCACGAUAUGGAUCGUAAAAAGCUGGGGACUGUGCCCUUUAUGGAUCUCGUCCCAGCGGGCAUCGCGGAGGAGAACAUGGUGAAGGUCCUGUGGGAGAAGUACGACAAACGCAGUACGGGAAACUUCGACGAGAAAUGCUUCUUGGAAAUGAUGGCUCCUUUGGGCUAUCGCGCUCAUGACUCCAUGCCCCUCGUGGUCUGUAAAGACGGGAAGAGAGUUCGGUUGGUGCACUGGUCGAAGGACCAUUGGCAUUUUGAAGGCUGGUUGACGGACUUCCAUUUCGAACAACUCAAAGAACACUAUGGCUGGGACGACGAGUAGCGCUGCCGUUCUGAUUUCACCCCGAAAAGCUCUCCGCCGCGAGAAAUGGUGUGGUGUCAGCUGUCAACAAGA